AUGGGCAGAUUCCAUGGUAAAACAGUAAUUGUCACAGGCUCAAGCUCAGGAAUUGGACAAGCUAUAGCACUUGCUUUUGGUAAAGAAGGCGCAAAUAUUGUUGUGCAUGGUCAGAGGGAGGAGAAAAUUAAGGUAAAAAUAAUUUUUAAGAGUUUUUUUGUUUUAAUAUAAACAAAUUCAGAAUUUUUUUAAAUUUCGAAAAUUUUUUGGCUUAAGCUAUAAAAAAUGCCUUUUCAGGAAACUCUAGACCAACUACAAUCAUAUGGAGUCAAUAGUGACAGAUAUUUGGUGGUAAAAGGCCCGAUUCAAGAAGAUGACACUCAAGACCGGUUGAUAAGUGAAACUUUGGACAAGUUUGGCCAAAUCGAUGUUUUGGUCAAUAAUGCUGGAAUUGCUCAUCAUCCAGAUGAAAAAGAUGCCAAUUCAGUCAAGAGCUUAGACUACAUCUAUCAAGUCAAUUUUAGAAGGUAAGUCAAUGGCGUUUUGCACUGUGCCAUCAAUUUUUGGGACUGCACAGCGUUUAUCGAUUACACGAGCGGUAUUAAAAAUAUUUGACUAAAUUUAGUUUUAAAUAUGAAAAAUGGUUUAAAGGACCAGUUUGGAUAAGUCUUUUGUCAGGCUUUUCUGCAACAGAUCAGGCAAUCAGGGAAGCGCGAACUUUUUUGGCGCAAAACGUGAGCGAGUCGAUUUGGAAUAAAGGAAAUCAUUUAUCCAGUGUACCCGCUGACGUUUGGCGCGAAAAAAGUUCAACAGCCAAAACGAAAAAUCUUUGCGACAAAAGAAGUUAUCCGGACUGGUCCUUUAAAACUACGAAAUGGCGAAAACUUUCAUUACAAGCCAAAAAAAAUUGCAAGAACUUUGCUUACAAGGCACAAAAAGACGAAAAAUAUUAUUCAGCGUAUAACUUGUCUUUUGCAGCCUGCACAAAACUUAACUUUAAAUAUUUUUAAAAGAAGCAGCAACAACUUUCUUUACAAGGUAAUAUAUGACAUGAAAUUUUAUUAGAAAAACAAAAUAUGCAAGAACUUUCUUUACAAAACAAAAAAUGGCAAAAACUUAGUUUACAAAACAAAAAUGGCUAGAACUUUCUUUACAAGUCAAAUUGUAUUGACUUUUAGUAUCUACACAUUAACUCCAAAAAUAAUCUCACACCUAUCCAAAACCAAGGGUAAUAUCAUCAACAUAUCGUCGAUUUACUCUAAUCGACUGUCCACUACAGCUCUACCGUAUUCUGUAAUGAAAGCAGCGCUAGACCACUAUACCAAAGGCGCAGCAUUACAGUAUGCCAAAGAUGGAGUGAGAAUUAAUAUUGUAGCGCCAGGUUUCGUACCUACAGACUUUAGAGUACGUCAUGGUAUGUCGACAGAUCAAUUUCAAGAAACUUAUCAACGCGCUUGUGAUAAUUUGGUACCUAUGAAAAGACUGGGUGAGGCUGAUGAAAUAGCAAGAACGGUUUUGUUUUUGGCUAGCGAUGAGGCUAGCUACACUACUGGGGCUUACCUUAAUGUAGAUGGUGGUCUGUUGGCUGGUGUUCCUGUUGAGAUUUGGUUUAAAUGA